CGUCUAGGCCCUUGGCUGGGGGUGAGUUCGGACAAGGGGAGGAUGGAGGAAGCGGGCGGAGGCGACCCCCCGAGAUCUGAGGAGGAUUUGUGGGUGGGGGAAGGUCGAGCUGAUGGGAAGCCGCGGCCUGCAGUCCUGUUAGGGAGGGGUCGUCCUGGGGCCGCCCUCCCGCUUCCUUUUUUCAGCCUUUUAGGGCCGGGAGAGCCCGCCACUAUUGAUUGAUGUUCUCCCCCAACCUUCUGCCUACCCCUAAGGGGGAGUCGGGCAAGACGGGUAGGGCAGAGAAAAAAAAAGAGUAACACAAGCCUCUCCAGUUUACAGCUUUAUAAUGAUUCCUUUUGACGUGGAUCUACUCAGCGCCAACUUGUUGGUGCUUCUCCCGCUCACCCUGGGCCAGGGCGUGUGGUGACUUCAGUGUUGGCCUCGUGUUGUUGGUACUCACUAUCCGAUCCAGACAGGGAAAUGGAUUGACUCAGUCUUGCAGCGAGGCUCGGAGCAGCCCAGGGUCGCAGGUAGAGGUAUGCACUAUUAAUCAUGCUCAAUCGCCAUAAAUGCAUUUCCCUGGUUAAAUGAAUAGCUAAUUAGACUUUUUUUCUUUUUUGGCCAUUGGUUUGGGUCUUUUUCUCACCAACUAGGUAGACUUUCUCCACUUCCCUGAAAAUUAUGUAGUUUUAAAAAUAUCUUCCAGGCCUCGUAAAGUUAAUUUAUACUUCAAUACUAAUAAUAGCCUUAACGUCUUUAAAUAUUUUAGCUAGAGCAUCUAAUAUAAUACAGUUUGCUUUGUCUGUAUUGACUCUUAAAACACUUGAGACAGACCACUUAUUUUUUGUGAUCUGGUCAUAUUGGUAGAGGUGUUAGCAAAAGAAAUUCUUUUUAUUUGCUUUCAGGUUGUUUUGUCCACCUUUUUCUCAAUAAAGUGACUAACUUAUUGAAGAAUAUUGAGAUAUUAUAGAAUCUUUUUAUAGAAAUCAUAUCUUGAUGAAUACAGUUUAACUUUGGGCUUAUAAAGUACAGGCAAUCCCGGGAUUACAAAUUAGUUAACUUUCCUAGCCUGUCUUUAAGUCGAAUUCGUACAUAAGUUGGAAUACUUAGGUAUGGUUCGCAUCUAACAUCAGUCAAAUGUCUUAGUAUGUAGUGUACCUUUCUAUGCAUAAAAAACAUUAGAGAAAUACUUCCAGAUACACUAAAACAUCUUUAAUAUAAUAAUACAGUAAUAAUAAUGAUUUGUGUCACAAAGUAGCACCUGUUGGUUAUUGGGAACCAUUGUACGUACCUCAAAUUUUUAAUACAAUAGGCUUUAUGGGGGUUGGUUAACUAUAUACCGACAUUGUAACCCAGGAGACUGCCUGUACACUGAAAUAAAUUUGGUAUCUUCUUAAAAGAGCCCAUUGUAGGUCUAAUUGUAAUACUCUGAGCUUUUUUUUUUUUUUUUUUAAGCUUUUAAAAGGUAAGACCUUUUUCAGCAUGGAUACAGUAUGGUGAAUAAUAUUUAACUCUUAGGUUCAUUUAAGCAGUAAACUUUAAGUAGUUGAAAAUUAGGUUCCUGCUCCUUUUGCAGCAGACACUGUUGUAAAACAGAAAUGUUAAUGCAAGAGAGGAAAAGCUGGAUUUCAAGGUUUGAAUAUUGUUUUAAAACUAAAGAUUUUCUACCAAAAAUUAUUUCUUAAGUUGACUUAUAAAACUGAAGACCUAGGUUUUGUUAUCAAGACGUCCAGAACAAAUAACCAUUGAAAUACGUGGGCUUUUAAUUGUAAUCUAAGUUUGUAUUGCAUUCACCCCUUACUUUGGAUAGCCUAAUUCAAGGAAUUGAAAUAUUUUUUAUACAGCAAACUGGGGAAAGAAAAUGAAACAGUAAAGCAAUGCAUGAGUCUGCUGAGCAAAAGAAUAUAGUGCCUAGAUUUUAAAUGCAUGCUCUUCUGUCUAAAGCCACUGAAAACUAUAAAAUGUAACCAUGGGUAGGUGGAAAGACAGUUUUAGAAAUACACGCACAAAAAGAACAGGGUUUUUUGUUUGUUUACUUUUGUUUUUAAGUUUAGAAAUAAAAAUAGGUCUUAUCUUUCCAAAAGACCUUUGUAGGUUAUAUCUGUUUUAGAGCUAAUAUUCUCGCUCUUUGCUAUUUUUAGAUAAAGUGUGUCAUUUUUAUAGGGUGCCCACCUUAGCAAAGAUGAUACUGUAUCAUCAUUGAUUAUACUUAGUAUAAUGACUAUUCACUCUUAUUCACAGUUUAUAGUCUGGGAAAAUUUUGCAUUGGUUCACAUAAUUAGACUGAAAAUGAAUUACACAUUGACUAAAAUAACAAGAUUGAUCUUUGUAGGUGUGGCCUUUGUAAUUUCAUCUUCAGUCAGGAGUGAACAUUAACUGAUCAUCAUGAAAAAAUGUACACAUAAAAAGUUACCCAUAAUUUUGCAUCAGAAAUAGUUUUGUACUGUUUUAGCAUGCUUUCUUCAAGUCAUUUUUGUUAUAAUGUAGAUAUUUUUUAAUCAUCAUGAAAUUGAACUAUUGAAGGUAUUUUAAAGAUUUUUCGAAUAUUUUUUGCUUUAAGUUGGAGCCUUAAGUCCAUUUCAAAAUGAGAAUUUUUAUUUUUAAGCAACUCAUAAAAAGAUACAAAAUUGAAAUAUGGUCAAGCAUUUUUCCACAGGUAUAUGAGACUAGAUAUACUUUAAUAGCAGUUUGAAGAUGUUGUUUAGGUUUGCUUGCUUGAGAAAUAGGGGACCUGAGUAGGUAACAUGUACAUAUAGUAAAUAGCUACCUCAAAUAGUUUUUGACUGUAGUAACGUGAAUACUAGGUUGAAUAGUAACAAAAGAUUGUUUCAGUUUUAUGUUUGUUUCAGGGUUCCAUAGUUUGGUCUUUAAAACAUAUUACAGUAAUAUCUAUACAUUUAAAUGUAUGGAGUUAGUAACCCAUUCUGCUAUUUCUUUGUCUCUUAUAUUCUCAUAUUCUUACUAAGAAGUAAAUUUAACUCCUGGCCUACCAAAAAUUUCCUUGCUCCCAUGUGUAUAAGUAUCAAGCUCUCUACAAAGCUGCUUUAAUGGAAUUUCUGCUCUGUAAAGCUAUGUUGAGGUUUUGUUAAAUCAUAGUAGCUUUAUUGGUGCUCUUUAAAGAGUUUUUCUAAGCAGUUUUUCAGUGGUGGUUUACAUAACGUGAAUAAACAGAACUAUAUAUGUAAUGCCAAAAUACCCAACUUCCAAACUUUUGGAAGAGCUGCUCUAUUAUGGAUUUGGAUUUACUUAAAUCAGGCUUAAAAAAAAAUCAAAGUAUGAAUGUUUGUUGUGGUCAUCUUUUCUAUUUUCAGGUCACUCAUGUUGAACCAUGGGAGAAAGGAAGCAGGAAAACAGCAGGCCAGACAGGGAUGUGCGGAGGGGUUCGAGGUGUCGGAACAGGAGGAAUUGUUUCUACAGCUUUUUGCCUACUAUACAAAUUAUUUACUCUGAAGUUAACUCGUAAGCAAGUGAUGGGUCUCAUAACACACACAGACUCGCCAUAUAUUAGAGCCCUUGGAUUUAUGUAUAUAAGGUACACACAGCCCCCUACAGAUCUAUGGGACUGGUUUGAAUCUUUCCUUGAUGAUGAAGAGGACCUAGAUGUGAAGGCUGGUGGAGGCUGUGUAAUGACCAUUGGAGAAAUGCUACGGUCUUUUCUCACAAAACUGGAGUGGUUUUCUACCUUGUUUCCAAGAAUUCCAGUUCCAGUUCAGAAGAAUAUUGAUCAACAGAUUAAAACUCGACCUAGAAAAAUCAAGAAAGAUGGGAAGGAAGGUGCUGAGGAAAUUGACAGACAUGUUGAACGCAGACGUUCGAGGUCUCCAAGGAGAUCACUGAGUCCACGGAGGUCCCCAAGAAGAUCAAGAAGUAGAAGCCAUCAUCGGGAGGGCCACGGGUCUUCUAGUUUCGACAGAGAAUUAGAAAGAGAGAAAGAACGCCAGCGACUGGAACGUGAAGCCAAAGAAAGGGAAAAAGAAAGGCGAAGAUCCAGAAGUAUUGAUCGGGGGUUAGAACGCAGGCAUAGCAGGAGUAGGGAAAGGCACAGAAGUCGCAGUCGAAGUCGUGAUAGGAAAGGGGAUAGAAGGGACAGGGAUCGAGAAAGAGAAAAAGAAAACGAGAGAGGUAGAAGACGAGAUCGUGACUAUGAUAAAGAGAAAGGUAAUGACCGAGAAAAGGAGAGAGAGCGAUCAAGAGAACGGUCCAAGGAACGAAGAAGUAGAGGUGAGGUAGAAGAGAAGAAACAUAAAGACGACAAAGAUGAUAGGUGGCAUAGAGAUGACAAAAAAGAUUCCAAGAAAGAGAAAAAACACAGUAGAAGUAGAAGCAGAGAGAGGAAACAUAGAAGUAGGAGUAGAAGUAGAAAUGCAGGAAAGCGAAGUAGAAGCAGGAGCAAAGAGAAGUCAAGUAAACAUAAAAAUGAAAGUAAAGAGAAAUCAAAUAAACGAAGUAGAAGUGGCAGUCAAGGAAGAACUGACAGUAUUGAAAAGUCAAAAAAACGAGAACAUAGCCCCAGCAAAGAAAAGUCUAGAAAGCGUAGCAGAAGCAAAGAACGUUCCCACAAACGAGAUCACAGUGAUAGUAAGGACCAGUCAGACAAACAUGAUCGUCGAAGGAGCCAAAGUAUAGAACGAGAGAGCCAAGAAAAACAACAUAAAAACAAAGAUGAGACUGUGUGAAAAUUUUUUGUAAAAGUGGAUCACAUUGAAUCCUAUAAAUGUUCAAUUAAAUUUGCUUUUUUUUUCUUUUUCUUUUUUUUUUUUCCCCGUGAAUUGAGAUUGUGCAGUAGUUACACACUCUUCAAGCUCCCUUUAGGCUACAUUUUCAUUUCCUCUUUUCUGUAGGGAAGUGCCUUUGUAAUCCCAUUUAUUGCAUUGAUGUUUUCACCCAAUUGUUGAGUUUGACACAUGAUGCACAGAUUGUUCUUGCAUUCUUAAUGUUUUUUUUUUUUUUUUAUUUUUUGAAAUGUACAGUCUGUACAUACGUCCUGCAGAUGUUCUAAUUCCUUUGGCAUGGUUGCCAUGUUGGUUAAAUUUGUAUAAGGCAAUAAACUGCCACUAAUUCUAUUUUUGUUUUGUAGGUGUGGGAUUAUGGUUUGUGAACUGAAGUUAGCAUGGCUGUGCUUUUCAUAAUAGAAUGCUAAAGACUUUGAGAAUGAUUCUUGGAUGUGUAUUAUAGGAGAAUUAUCUGUGUGCAUUCAAUGUACAUGAAGGCAGCAUUUGUAGGAUUAACAUUUUUGUCCACUGUAUAUUAUCUUGGAAGGCUCUUGUUACUAUGUUACACUUAUAUUCUCCACCAUUACCUUUAGAGAGAAUUUGAGAAGUUAGUUUCUGAUGCAGAGGUUUAAAUUAGGCUGUGGUUUGAUCAAAAGUCCUUUUAGCAUUCUACCUCAAAGGGACACUUAGUAAGCCUAAAAUUUAUUCACUUAGUUUUCCUUUUUUAUUUGAAAAGAUACAUGACAUGUAAUCUUUGUUUCUUGAACUCUCAGAUUUUAAAAUACUAUAUUAAAGAAAAAAUUAAUGUCUAAAGCCUAGCAUUCUUGCAGCAACCCUAUACUAACAUGAAAUUGGGAGAGGGUGGGACAGAUGAGUAGAGAAAACAGAUUCAAGCCUCAAGCUUCCAAAGCAUUUUUAUAAAUGGAAAAUACUUAAAUUAUGAAACAGCUUGAUAAUGUCCUUUUUUUAAAUUCAAAACUUUUUUUAUUGAUAAUGAAGACUGCUGUUUGAGUUUUUAAACUUGAACAGAGAUAUUAAAGAGUAAUGCUAUGCUGCAUUAUUUAAGACUAUCAGCAAAUUACUUGAUAAGAUUGUUCUUAUGACUUGUAUUCUGAUUACAGAGAACCAUCAUGAGUGUGGAAUAAAUGCUGGAUUAAAUCCUGGGUGUUGGUUUUUCCCCCGUUUCUUAAUGUUUUUUUUUUUUAGUAUUUUCUUGUGGAAAGUGAUGAAAUGAUAGUAAAGUAGCACUUUGUAUAGCAGGGUAUCUCAGCGCCCAGAUGACAGUUAAAUAUGUAGACCGGAACUGGACAUAUGUGACAGUAAUCCUUAUGAGAGUGCUUAGUAAUAGGAGUUCCCUUUGUUGGUGUUACACUAGGGUGAUGUUUUGCGUGAUUUGUUUCACAUCAGAGGUGCUUAUUUAGGUAUUUUUCCCUUGAAUCACUUUAGACUCAGUUAAAAUUUGGACUUGAAGGAACUUCUGUAAGAGUAACUCACCUAAUUCAUUCUUUUUAGACAGAAAAUAGAGCCCCGAAGUGGUUAUGUUUAGUCAGUGCCAGGAAUAAAAGUGCAGCUGACAAGUCAAUCUAGUGAUCUUUCUGGCAUACCAUAUUGACAUUUGUUUUAUCCCACUAGUUAUAUUGGUCAUCCAAUGAGUGCUGACAGGCCACAUUGCUAAAGUUAUAUGGCAUAGCAAACUCUUGGACACCUGGAAGAGUUCACACAUGGGCUUAGCAUAUUUAUCUCUAUUUCAGAAAAAUCUUGUUAAAUGGAGGGAUUCCUUUGUAUAAAAAUGCUAUGCUUUUUUUUUAAGAGUAGAAGAUUUGGUCAUUUUUCCAUUUGAAUUGAACAUCAAGUGAAUUAACACUAGAUACCUAGAAAUUAUUUUUUUCUCAAUGUCAAAGCAGAAAAAAACGCUUUAGUAAAGAAAGCCAAUAGAUUUAUCUUACAUUGAAUUUUUAGUGUACCUAAACUAUGGUGCUACUCUUGAAUAUAGUUCUACUUGGAAUGUUAAUAGUGUAUUUUAGAUGAAAUGUGGAAAGAAUUUAUUUCAGAUAGUUGAAAAGACAAACUACAUUUGAUUUCCUAUUUUUAAUGUUAAAGUUUGCUUUUGAAAAGAUUUUGUUAGAAUUUAAUAUAACUAGCAGCCUCCAUAUGAUUUUUGUUCUCAACUAAAAUGAUCUCAGUUUUCCAUGUAUAGGCAUCUUUGCAUCUGUUUUCUAAUGUCAGAUUUGCAGUUAAAUUCUAGUGUAUCAAUCUUAAAAUUUUAAUAUAAAAUGUCUAUUUUAAUACUGCCCAGUUUAGAUUCUGUUAGUCUGGUUUAGUUCCACAGUUACUCUAACAUUAUCUAAAGAUUAAUGAUUCUUAAUCUUAUGAGCCCCUUUUUAGGAAAUCUGAUUAAACCUACAAAUUCUCUAGAAAAAUAAAAAUACCUCAAAAUGUGCAUGCUGUUUCAAAGGAACUCCUCUAAACUGCUCUGGUACCUUUCUGCUGUUUACUUUUUUUUUUUAACAGCUGUGGUUAGGUAUACAGUAUUUGGGAAUGAUAAGCGUAAGCCAGAAAUUUAAAUUCUUCAGAGUCUCCCAAAGGCAGUGGCUAAUGUUUUUGACUUAAAAGAUGAAGUGGGUGGGGAGGAGGUGUGAAGGAUUAAUUAAAUCCCUUCCCAAAAAAUUUCCAUUAUAAAUAAGUUUUUUAUUUGAGCACUAAGGGGUAAGGCCCAGAUAUUGGUAUAUUUUCAGACUGCAUAUUUUGUGGCAAAAAUAUAUAUAACAAAACAUGCCAAUUCAGUUUUACAUACAUAAUUUAUUUGUCAUGAUGUGCAGCCAUUACUACUAUUUUCCAAAUUAUUACAGCACUGUUAACAAAUUCAGGGCCCCCUAAACAAUGACUCUCCCCACCCCCGUCCCUUUCUACCUAGACAAUGUGUUCUAUAAAAGUUUCAAGUGAUUCCAAUAUGCAACUGUGAUUAAGAAACACUAUUAAACUGGGUUUGGUUCUAACUUGAUUCUGCCAUCUUAAUGCUGAAUUCAUCAACCUUGAAUGAUUAACCCAAUUACAGGACCUCUUAAGUGGACUGAUUUUAUGGGAAGGGAAAUACUUCUGAUAUGUAGUCUAAUUUUGAAAUUCCUCAUCAUUCCAGUCUAUGAAAUCCCACAGCACUUUGCAAAUACUGCUGCAAUGACAUUUAAUUCAUUUUAGGGUCAUUAUUGUCAACAUUUGUUGUAGGAAACAUGACAGCAUGCAUACAGUCAACUGAAAAAUGUUAGCAUCAUAGCUGACUUAAAAUUCAUUAUUCCAUCUCAGCGUUGAUAAGUCUAUUAAUCACGAUCCAUGAUGCCCUACACAGGUAAAAUGUUUUCCUGUGAGAGGACGGGUGUUUUUUCAGCCUAUUGCAAAAAUGAGUUAUACUUGUUCAACUUAGACAGCUGAUGUGUAAAGCUUUUCCUGUAGCAUACAAGCUGUGAGGUUUUGUCACAAGGGAUGUGUGGGUGGGGUCGGGGAGGGAGACUUAUUGGCAAGGAAAUUCUCCGGCUUAACCUGCGAAGUACCUAACUGAAGUCCACCAAUCUUUGACUGGUUUCCCUUUGUCAGUUCUUAUAUGUACAGUUUUGAGGCUGUAUUUCUUCAUGUUUUGGGUCAGUGGAUUUAGUCAUUCUCCACAAAUAAAUUCUACCAGCUCUGCUCUGUAACCAUCCCAAAUAAAAACAAAAACUUGGAUGCUUGCUGAGCAAAUGCAUCUUCAAGAGAAGUACUCUUGCCCUCUCUUCCCUCUUAGAAAUUGUGAGGUCACCAGUGUCCUGAAUAUUCAAUAGUACCUGCAGAAGAAAUUUUUUUCUUUUUAAAAUUUUAUUUAUUUUGUUGUGAAUAUACACAGC